AUGGAUAGUAGAGAAGGUCUUUGGCGUAUAGAACGAAGAUACAAGGUUAUUAUUGGUCAUACAUGCAUGAAGACGCGAAAUAAGUGUCAAGGAGGUGUGAAGAGUGCCAAUGUCAUGGAAAGAAAAUACACGCACCCGGGGCAAUGCUCAACUCAUCAAAAAGUGAAUGGCCAUUUGGACAUUUUGGGUCCAUUAAUACCAGGAACAGGGCAAAAACGAUAUUUAAUAGUAGUGACAGACUAUUUUACAAAGUGGGAAGAAGUGAAAGCAGUGCAGCACAUUCGAGAUAAAGAUGUUUUCACAUUCAUAUUUGAGAAUAUCAUUUGCAGAUUCGGAAUCCCAGCACAACUAGUUUCCGAUGAUGGAAAAAAAUUUGAAGGAGAAUAUAUAGAAAUGUUGCUUAAUGCGUUCAAAAUCCAAAGCGGGAAGUCCACCCUAUUGUAUCCACAAAGCAAUGGUCAAGCUGAGGCGACCAAUAAGACAAUCGCAGAUAUAUUGAAGAAAAAAUUAGAGGGAUAUAAUAAAGGAUGGUGCAAACAAGUACACAAUGCGGUAUGA